AGUGGCGGUUGUUUCAAGAUGGCGGACGUGGCGGGCCCCUCCCGCCCCGGUGCUGCUGCGUUCUGGAGCCGGGACUUUUCUGAUGAAGAGCAAUCAGUAGUGUACGUUCCAGGCAUUUCUACUGAAGGAAAUGUCAGAUCAAGACACAAGCUGACAAGUCCAAAAGCUGAUGUUAAACUUAAGACUUCCAGGGCGACUGAUGCUUCAAUCUCUAUGGAGUCCUUAAAAGGCACAGGAGAUUCAGUAGAUGAACAGAAUUCCUGCAGGGGAGAAAUAAAGAGUGCAUCACUGAAGGAUUUAUGUCUUGAAGACAAAAGACGCAUUGCAAACUUAAUUAAAGAAUUGGCCAGAGUAAGUGAGGAAAAGGAAGUGACGGAGGAAAGACUGAAAGCUGAGCAGGAGUCAUUUGAGAAGAAGAUCAGGCAGUUGGAAGAACAGAAUGAACUGAUCAUCAAAGAAAGGGAAGCUCUUCAGCUACAGUAUAGAGAAUGCCAAGAACUUCUAAGCCUGUAUCAGAAGUAUUUGUCAGAACAACAAGAGAAGCUCACCAUGUCUCUCUCAGAACUUGGUGCUGCUAGAAUGCAGGAACAGCAGGUAUCCAGUAGAAAAAGCACUCUCCAGUGUUCAUCUGUGGAACUGGGUGGUUCCUACUUGAGUGUAGCCAGACCGCAGACCUACUAUCAAACCAAGCAAAGACCUAAGUCUGCAAUCCAGGAUUCAGCUUCAGAAUCCCUUAUAGCAUUUAGGAAUAAUUCUUUGAAACCAGUAACCCUUCAUCAUCCCAAAGAUGAUCUAGGUAAGAUACCAUCAGAGACCACAACAUGUCAUUAUGAAUCUCCAGGGAGAAAACCAGUAGAUGCAGUCCCAACAGAGAAAAUGCCACAAGAAGAAUUGCACAUGAAGGAAUGUCCACACCUUAAGCCUACUCCUACUCAAUGCUGUGGUCAUAGACUUGCUGCAGAUCAUGUUCAUGAGAGCCAUUCUACAAACACGGCCCCUCAACAUCCUAAGACACAUCCAGAAUCAUGCAGUUAUUGUGGGCUUUCUUGGGCGUCUCUGUUGCAUGGUGGAGGGGCGCUGCAACCAAAUGAAACUUUGAAAAAGCAGAUCUCAGAAGAUAGAAAGCAGCAACUGAUGCUUCAGAAAAUGGAGCUGGAAAUUGAAAAGGAACGUCUUCAGCAUCUGCUGGCCCAGCAGGAGACAAAGCUUCUUCUAAAACAGCAACAGCUUCACCAGUCUCGACUGGAUUACAAUUGGUUAAGAGCUCAGGCUCUGUUUAAGUCGAGAGAAGUGGUUGCUGAAAAAGAGCUUACUAAACCCCAAGAACUCAAACUGGAUAUGAAUGGCAGUGACUCUGGACCAAGUUUAUUAAAGUCAAACUGCGAUGGCUGGCUGCUUGGAACAUCAUCAUCCGUUAAAAAGUACCAAGAAACCCCAAACAGUGGAGAGAAUAGGAAGGAGAAGAAGACAGUUGGGUUUCAUUCGCAUAUGAAAGAUGAUGCCCAGUGGUCAUGUCAAAAGAAAGAUACGUAUAGACCCCAAAGAGGUACAAUGACAGGAGUUAGAAAAGAUGCGUCCACAUCUCCUAUGCCAACAGGAAGCCUAAAGGAUUUUGUCACCACAGCCUCACCAUCAUUACAGCACACCACCUCCCGGUAUGAGACAUCUUUGUUGGAUUUGGUUCAGUCUCUGAGCCCAAACUCUGCUCUCAAAUCUCAGCGCUGUCCCUCCAGAGAAGCUGGGACCUGGAAUCAUGGUACUUUCCGACUCAGUCUUCCAAAAUCGACCUGGAAGAAGAUGGGGAUGCACAGAACCCCUGAAGAGCUGGAGGAGAAUCAGAUUCUGGAAGAUAUAUUUUUCAUUUGACAUAUUGCAAAAUUUUCUUAGGAAAUUUGUGGGUUUCCCCACAUACCGAUCUAGCAUUUUAAAUUAUUUCAUUGCAAAGUAA